AUGAUUGCUUUCCGCUAUCUUUCCUUGAUGCCUUUUAUGGCCCUUUUCUUCACCCCAAGCACUCAUUCCGCAAGCAUCCUAGACCCUAGAGGCUACGAAUUCGAUCUUGACAUUUCUGUCUUCGUUGACGAAUUUAUCAAAUUAGACGUUAAUCAACAAUUUUCCGUUUUAAACUUUUUCAAAGAUGAUCAUAAACCGUUUGGAUUUAGUUGGAGUGCAUGUUCUCCAUACUUUCCGCCAGGAUUCCGUUUGCCCGGUUGUCCACCACCACCACCCGAAGGUUGUCCAAUUCCACCUAGAGGCUGCAGACCACCACCACCACAAUGGUACUGCCCAAAGCACAAGAAGCCAGAAAGUGCAAAGAAUUGCCCAAAACCACCACCAAAGCCACCAAUCUGCAAGCCAUGGCAAAGAGGUUUCUACCAUUUGAAACCCGAAGAUCAACACAUUUGA